AUGUGUUUCGGCGGCUCAAGACGCAACUACGGUGACGACGUCAUCCCGGCACGACCGUACGGCGGCGGCGGCGGACAAUACUACGGAGGUGGUGGUUACGGCGGUGGCCAGUACAACAAGUACAACAACGGCGGCGGCGGCGGCAUGGGCAUGCUCGGGGGCGGUGGUGGCCGGCCGGGAGGCGGUGGUGGCCUGGGCAUGCUGGGCGGCUUGCUGGGCGGAGGACGACGUCCUGGCGGCGGCGGCGGCAUGGGAAUGAACAUGGGCCCGAUGGGCGGGGGUGGUGGUGGUUUCGGGGGCCAUCACGGCGGCGGACAUCACCAUGGCGGGGGUGGUGGUGGUUUCGGCGGGCAUCAUGGAGGGCAUCAUGGCGGGGGUGGUGGUUUUGGCGGGCAUCAUGGCGGUGCUGGGCUCCGCCAUCGUUGUCGAUCACAUCUGCACCUGCACGUUGAGCUCGACAUUUUUUACCCCAAGCUUCAUCCUUACUUCGCCCGUAAGACAUACUUUGCUACACAAUCAUUUCGAGAGCUCACUAGUAAGCCUCAACUUUCUUUGACCCUUUCACGGUACCUCCUUCACAAUCCUGGCACUUUGCCUGGUCCAAACUAUGCCCCGAAUCGCGCCUUUUCGAUCCGCUCCGGCAGCUCCAACAAGGGCUCAGGCUCCGGCGGCGGCAGCAGCAGCAAGAUGGGCGGCUUCUCGCUCAACUCGCUUCGCGGUACCGUGCAGCCUGAGCUGUCCAAGAAGCUCUUCCGCCUCAUCAAGUCGGAGAACAACCUGAUCAACGCCCACGAGGCGGCCGGUCGCGAGCGCGUCUCGAUUGCCACGCAGCUGUCCGAGUGGGGCGAGCACACGGGCGACGAUGCCAUCAGCGACGUCUCGGACAAAGUUGGCGUCAUCCUCAGCGAGAUUGGCGAGCAGGAAGACUCAUACGCCCACGCCAUUGACGACUCGCGCGGCUACCUCAAGGCUAUCCGUAACACGGAGAAGAGCGUGCAGCCCAGCCGCGACGGCAAGGCCAAGAUUGCCGACGAGAUUCAGCGUCUGAAGCUCAAGGAACCCGAGAGCGCCAAGCUGGUCGUUCUUGAGCAGGAGCUUGUCCGCGCCGAGGCUGAGAACCUCGUCGCUGAGGCUCAACUCACCAAUGUCACUCGCCAGAAGCUCAAGGAAGCCUACGAGGCCGAGUUUGCCGCCACCAUUGAGCGCGCCGAGAAGCAGAUUAUCCUGGCCAAGCACGGUCGCCGUCUGCUCCAGCUUCUCGAUGACACGCCCGUUGUCCCUGGUGAUGCCAAGCCCGUCUACCACCACGGCAGCCAGGCCCGCCAGGUGCUCAACGACGCCGAGGACGACCUCCGCGACUGGCAGCCAGAGACGGACCACUACGCCGCGGAGAGUGCUGGUUCCGGAACCGCCGAGGCCCAUAGCGGCGUCGAUACUGAGGAGCAGACCAAGGCCCCUGAGCUCAAGGUGCAUGAUGCGGCUACUGAAAAGCCCACUGCAGCGUAA